GAGAGCGCGAGCCCUGGAGCCGCCGGGGAAGCACCGCAGCGCUUAAGACUCAGGUUUCCGGAGCUGGGGGGCUGACCCAUUUGGGUCCCCGUGCGCACGGGACUCGCCUGGCCAGUCACCUACGGCUCUGCUCUCUGAGAAGUCACGCUGACUCGUUGGCUCUGGCUGUGAUGUUUUGCUGUCCAUUUUGGCUGCCGGAACAGCUCAACCCAGGGACUUCCUGAAGUGGUGACCACUCCAGCUGGCAGGGGUAGAAAAUGGUUCCAGUCAGGCCGGAGCCCUGGGAGCCCACAGUCACAGCUGCAGGAUGGAGGAACCCACUCCUGAGCCAGUCUAUGUGGAUGUGGACAAGGGGCUGACCUUGGCUUGCUUCGUUUUCCUCUGCCUCUUCCUCGUCGUCAUGAUCAUCCGCUGUGCCAAGGUCAUUAUGGAUCCUUACAGUGCCAUUCCCACGUCUACCUGGGAGGAGCAACACCUGGAUGACUGAGGCACAGGACGUGUCAUGGGACCCUGGGAUGCGCCUCUUUCUACCCUGGCCGAGACCCGACAAGCACUUGGAGGCUGGGAGUGACGAUGACCACUCAGAGAUGGAGAAGGCUUGCCUUCACCUUAUUGGUUCUCGCAUGACCGCCGGAGGGAAAUGCCAGCAUGUUGGAGGCGAGGCAGUUUGGGGAAACCUGGGAAGUAUGCUUAGCCAUGACUUGGGCAGGUGGGGUCUAUUCUGGGACUCCACUGGGAGACUGCAGGGUGAUGGCCCCCUGUCUAGGCUCCUGCGCAUCUUUGGGAAAUGAACAAAGAACAGAUAUUCUGGUCUGCAAACAGUGAAGGGCAGGGGGAGACUGCCCUUCAAAUACACAGCACAGAGAGGCUGCUGAGAGCCCAGGAUCUUAUCCACAACCUAGCAGCAGAGGGGCAGGAAGAACGGAAAAUUCAGGGGGCUUCUCCUGCAAAUUCUCACAAGGCACACAGCUACUUCCAAACAGUGUUUCUUUUUUUUAACUAAAAUAGAGAGGGGAUAUAUUUUUCCUGUUAAGAAUGAGAUGUGCAUUUUAGACACUUGGGAAAAUAUAGAAGAAAUAUAAAUAUAAUAAAACUACAACUAGAAGGAAGGGAUGUGAAAAGCACUUAUAACCCAACUUCCCAGAAGCCAUCAUUUUGAUAUACUUCUCCAAGUCUUUUUUACAAGAAAUUUUUUUAGUAAUUCACACCGUAUGCAUGAUGCUGCAUUGAUCCAUUCGACAGCUCAAAUACCUUCUGCCUCUCAAGAUACCAUGGCUGGUUUCACUCACUGAAGAGUGUACUGUCUAGGUCAUGACUGAGUAUAGUCUUUUUCUUUCUCUUUAACAUUUGCACAAUGUUCUCACCCAAAUUGCUUCACCCAGCAACCUUCAGAAGCUCUGCAUCCCUGGAGCUCCAGGCAAGAUCUGGGUUCUAGCCCUGCUUCAGCUACUCAAAGGUUGUACGAUCUUGAGAAAGUCACCUCCUUCCAGGUACUUCAGUUUCACCAUUGUAAGAUGAGAAGGGGGAGUCUGCCUGUAUGUCAGGGAAAGCAGCCAUGCUACUGUGGGAGCUGAGCUAGGCUGCUGGUGAUCACUCUUCUCUGGUCUUUCCUUCACCCUCUUCUCCCACACACUGUCACCAACAUCUAUGACCUUGCUGCAAGGGUUCUAGGUCAGAGCCCACAUCCCCUUCCCAGCCUCCAAUCCCUUGUUUUUGUUAUAUGACCCCUCAAUAAAUCAGUACCUGUGAGCGCCAAUUUCCUCAUCUAUAAAACAGGGGAUCACAUCUACCUCACACAGUUGUUGUGGAGAGAGAGAAGAUAGAGAACGUGAGCAAACAGGGGUAUCCUUUCCUGAAUCUCUCACUCUAGGGAAAGAACCCAGCCUUCCAAGAGCUAGAGCUCCCAGCCAGUGCCACUGGCCUGCAGGACAUUCAUAGCCACCUCCUCAACACAUGACACCCCCGGGGAUCUCCCGACUCACAUAGUUGUCGCUACUGUCAGUGUUAUUGCAUAUGUGAGGUGCGUCUAUUGUGUCCUAUCAAAAGAGACCUGUGCUGUGGACCUUAGACCUCCCCCAUCACCUACACUCAAGCCAUGGAUCUCCAUGCACCUCAGGCUAUCCGGAAAAAGGUUUCCAAAGCACCAUCACUGCUAGGUGAUCCCUAAAGGUGGACAGAUGCUGUUGAGGUGGCUUUCCAGGGCAUGCCCAGUGUCUCUCUCUCCCUCUCUCUCUCUCUCUCUCUCCCUCUCCCUCUCUCUCCCUCCCUUUCUCACACACACACACACAAUGGGAUGCACAAAGAGACAGCUGGCACAGGCUCCAAACAUGGCUAUGGGGCAUCACCUUCAGCCAAGCCCUUCCUCAGAAACCUACCUCACAGAUGGGCAGGCAUUUCUGCAGGAACCUGUUAGGAUGGGUUUGCAAAGUCAGCCAAGGCCUGUUCCCAGCUAUUAAUGACAGAGCAGCAGGAAUUGAGAAGACAUCUGAAGAGAGCUGUGAAAACUUGCUUCUGGACCUUUUCCUUUCGGAGGGAAAAAAACGGGAUGCCCCAGGCUGUGUUCCUCAGACUGCCUGCUGAGGGAAAACCACACCUUCUCAGGAGGAGCCUGCUAGAAGCCCCUCUUUCCUCCUCAGGCCUACAGACUUGGUAGACUAGAAUCAGACUAGGCAGCCUGGGCCAGACCCCAGGAUGACAGCACAUUCCUGUUUGAGAAGCACUGCCAGGACCCCUGGUUUCUGACAACGUCCCAAACCUAGACGUCCUAGUACUUUUCACCUUAUCUCUUUGUGCUGUUUUCACGGCGGCACGGGGAAAGAACGUUUGAGAAAAGAGGUGAUUUUAAAAUCCACUCUGCCCCUCCAGAAGCUUCUGACAAGCCAACAAAGCACUCUCCCAUCUCCUGUCCAUCCUCUUGCCAUCUGUCCCUUGUUCGAGACAGUCUCUUCUUUGUUCACCACUUUAGAGCCCAGGUUAGGCAGCCCACGAGCUUUCAGGGAUUCUCCUUUCUCCACCUGCCACCCCACCACGGGAGUACUGAAAUCACAGCUGUGCACUGCUGGCCCCACCCACUUUUGCACAUACGUUCUGGGGAUUCAAACUCAGGCCCUCACACUUACACAGCAAGCACUUCGCUUCCUGAGCCAAUCUCCCAGCUUCCCCGGCUUUCAUCAUGUUUAAGGUCUGUUUUUAAAUGGAUCCCCUUGUGUAUGUGCUUAGCAGUGCAGACCAUGACAGCAAAUACGCUGCUUUCCUUUUUCUCAUUGUACGUGUGCUGAGAAGGAUAGAUAGAAGUGGCUGGGCUGAGCCUGGGGUUGGCUCAGGAAGACUGAGAGCCCACUUCGGGCAAGAGCAAAAGGGAGGUCCCUAUCUCUGUCGCUGGGUCACGCGCAGGCAAGAGAGAGGUGGAGAAUUUCAAGGUUUUCUUCUCCUGUGCUUUCUGUUCUGAAGGAUAGAGGAAGUGGUCCUUUAGUGACCAGAGCACCUGCAUCUGUUUCUGCUAGCUGAACAAAAGUCUGUAGCUGUGGGUAGAGAAGGACACACUGCAGCAAACUAUCAGGCUGCAGGCUGGAAGCUGGCAGAAAGGAAAUGAAGAGAGGCUGGGGAAAGGGAUAACUGUGGAGUCAGCUACAAGCCAGAGAAGAAGGCAAACUCUCUGGCAGGGAAUGGAUGACAACAUCUCCCGACAAAGGCAUCUCGAGGCUGGGUUCUGGUUGUUGCCUGUGAUGUGCUGUGUGGAAGUCCCUAGGUGUCACCUCAAGCUCUCGGCAAAGGCAGGCACAUGGUCCUUUCACACCCGUGUAACCUCAACAGUGGGUCCAUCUCCGUAGACGGCCACAGAAAGGGUCCAGGUGGCCCAGAGACAAAUGGGGUAAUAAAAAUAUUCAGAAGCAGGAAAUCCAGUUGAUAGGCACCAGAAGGAAGUUGGUCCCUGGGCAUGCUCAGAGGAUGGGUGUGCUGGAUGUGAGUGGUGGGACCCAGCUGCCCGAGCAUGGCAUAUAAAUUGCCAUCAGGCCAUUUUACUUUUCCAAUUAAUUUUUUUUCCUUUUUUUGUUUAUUUAUUUAAAAAAAAACAAACAUCUUUUUUUUUAUUAUACAUACCAAUCCAAGUUCUCACUCUCCCCCUUCCUCCCACUCCCUCCACAUACCUCCCACCCCACUAAUGAAUUUUCAAAUGUCUACAUUUGUUUUGUUUCGGUGGAGUGGUUGCAUCGUUGGGUAUGGAACUCACGGCCUUGUACUUAUAAGGCCAGUGUUGUUAGUAUUUGCCCCUAGCCCCACAUGUCCUUGCUGGAAUGAAAACAAACGGCUCUUUGCCCCCAUAACUGCCUUCCAAGACCCCAGAGGUUCUCAAAAGAGGCCAGUCCUGCUUUCAAGCACCAAGUGGAGAUAAUUGCAAAGUCUUUUGUCCAUGAGACCGGGUCCCUGUCCCAUGGUCUUGUUGUUGAGGAUUGGACCUGCUGUGUAGGAUGGAUAAUGGCCAUAGUAGUCCCUGCAGCUGAUGGCCCAGGCUACUGGGAAGUGAUCACGCCGAACCUCCAACAUCAGUUCUGGCACAGAUAUAGACAGGCAGCCUCGGUUAGAUACCUGCUCCUGUCCUUCGGCACUGACUCCAUAAGUCCUUGACAGUCAUCUCCAGAGACCACAGAACUAAUUAGGAAUUUGAACCCUAGACUUACAGAUGUAUCAAGUGUCCCAGUGACCCCUUGGGCUCUAGCGGGAGCUCCUUUGCCCCUGUGGGAUAUCAGUAAUCCCAUAGCUUGUAGGCUAUGGGAAAAUGUUGCCGGACAGUGUGGCCAUCCCCUUUUCUGUACACUGGUUCACCCUAAUAAGCCCCAAAUGGCACAAAAGCCAUCUUCCAAGUUACCAGACUCCCACCACGUUCGCUGGUGGAAGCAUUCAUCUGAGUCACCACAGAUUCCCAACCCAGAACAUCUACGGUUAUUAUAAGGGUGGAAAAGUCAAUUUCAUGAGUCACAACCCCCCUAGCUGGAAGAUACGUUAACAUAGCCAUGAUAGAAACAGCAUGGGGUUCCUUAUGAUCUUAAAACUAGGCAUGCCACAUGAUCCCCCAUUGGGGUUUAUCUAAAGGAAAUGAAACCAGAGUUUCUAAGGACUCCAAUCCCACAUUGAUGGCAGCACCAAUCACAAGAGCCAAGAGCUGGGAAGCUUAUAAAUAUCCAUCAGUGGAUGAGCGGAUGAAGAAAAUGUGGUACCUAAGCACAGUGGGAUCUGAUUCAUCCAUAGGAAGGAUGAAGUCUUGUCAUUGGGACAUGGAUGGAACCGGAGCCAAGUACAGAAAAGCAAGCACUCGUGAUGUCACGGAUGGAGUCAAAACUGUUGUUUACCCAGAAACUGGGAGGAAAAUGGUGGUUACCAGAAACUGGGGGAGGAGUGGGGACCCUGGUCACUGGGUCCUAAGGAAAUAAGUUCUAUUGUAUUUCUAUGCUGUGGAUUCGAAGGAGCUGGGAGAAAGGAUUUUGAAUGUUUCUACCACAAUGAAGGAAUGCUUGGGGUGAUAUAUAGGGUUGCCCGGACUUGGCUCUGCACAAUAUACACACAUAUCAACACACCCUAUGAUAUGCUAUAAAUAUGUACAAUUUGUGUAUCAGUUUUAAAAAAUAAAUAAAAUAUAA